GCGGGGAGCUGUCCAGUUCAGCACCAGCGGUAAUGCAGUAGGUGGGAGCGCGGGCCGCCGGCGCGCGUGGGGGGGCAGGCGGGCGGCCCAUCCUGCAGCAAGACGCCGGCUGCCUUGUUUCCAGGAGCUUUGCAGAUAGGGGGAGGGAAACCCGCCUCGAGUCUCCGGGAGAAACCCCCUCCCUCCCCCACUUCGCCAACACUACCCCCGCCACCAACAACAAUAACCGCCGCCGCUGCUCGUCCUGCCGCCGCGCCGCGCCCGCCCUGCUGCCGCCGCCGCCGCCGCCGCCGCCGGGGCAGGACCAUGGGAGGCGAGACCCCCGCACCUGUGCAGCUGAGCUCCAGGGCUCGCAGAAUACUGGGAAGUCUGGUCUGAAAAAGGAGGCGCCGAGACCCCCCAAGGAAGAGAACUGGCGGAGCAAAGGAUUUUCAUGGCGCAGGCCGCAGAGCCGGGAACGAAGACCGGAGGUUGCAUCUCGGCUCUUGCAGUCUCUAACUGUCUAGGUCCCGACCAUGAGAGAUGGUGUUGAGAAUUCGGCCGUUCCCUGGUUCACUGUGGAAGCCAUCUCCAAAUUAGCUAUCACAUAUGGAAACUGGAGACCAGAAUUUUAGAAAAAGAGAUUAAGGCAUCUCACUUGGGGGGGUGGGGGGUGUCUUUUUAUUUUUUUUUUCCUUUUUUUAAAAAAAAAUCACUGCAACUGGAACAGUUUGUGAUCUCAAAAGGCAAGCCUCUCUUCCCGUGUGAUCUUUAUAAUUUACACUCUUUUCCGUGAGCUUUCUUAUCUCCCUUUUUUUUAUAACUCCAUAUUCUCUAUUCACACAUAUAUCCAUUAUAUUAGUAGUGGAAUUAUUUUUAUUUUUAUUUUUUUGCUUUAGUACUCGCACCCUCACACACACUCUCCCGAGAACCAGAAGUCGGUUGGGUGUUUAUAUAAUGAAGAAUUAUGGGGCUGUUUGAUCGAGGUGUUCAAAUGCUUUUAACCACCGUUGGUGCUUUCGCUGCCUUCAGCCUGAUGACCAUAGCUGUGGGAACCGACUAUUGGCUCUACUCCAGAGGGGUUUGCAAGACCAAAAGUGUCAGUGAGAAUGAAACCAGCAAAAAGAACGAGGAAGUUAUGACCCAUUCUGGAUUAUGGAGAACCUGCUGCCUAGAAGGGAACUUCAAAGGUCUGUGCAAGCAAAUCGAUCACUUCCCAGAGGAUGCAGAUUACGAAGCUGACACAGCAGAAUAUUUCCUCCGGGCCGUGAGGGCCUCGAGCAUUUUCCCGAUCCUGAGUGUGAUUCUGCUGUUCAUGGGUGGACUGUGCAUCGCCGCCAGCGAGUUCUACAAGACUCGACACAACAUCAUCCUGAGUGCUGGCAUCUUCUUCGUGUCUGCAGGUCUGAGUAACAUCAUUGGCAUCAUAGUGUACAUAUCUGCCAAUGCCGGAGACCCCUCCAAGAGCGACUCCAAAAAGAAUAGUUACUCGUACGGCUGGUCCUUCUACUUCGGGGCCCUGUCCUUCAUCAUCGCCGAGAUGGUCGGGGUGCUGGCCGUGCACAUGUUUAUCGACCGGCACAAACAGCUGCGGGCCACAGCCCGCGCCACGGACUACCUCCAGGCCUCCGCCAUCACCCGCAUCCCCAGCUACCGCUACCGCUACCAGCGCCGCAGCCGCUCCAGCUCGCGCUCCACGGAGCCCCCACACUCCAGGGACGCCUCCCCCGUGGGCAUCAAGGGCUUCAACACCCUGCCGUCCACGGAGAUCUCCAUGUACACCCUCAGCAGGGACCCCCUGAAGGCCGCCACCACGCCCACCGCCACCUACAACUCCGACAGGGAUAACAGCUUCCUCCAGGUUCACAACUGUAUCCAGAAGGAGAACAAGGACUCUCUCCACUCCAACACAGCCAACCGCCGGACCACCCCCGUAUGAAGACCGGGCCUCGCCAGCGCCGGGCACAGCCGGGAGCAGGGCGCGGCCGCCGAGGGGCAGGGGCGGCGCGGGGCGGGGAGGGCGCCCACACCAUCCUGGGGGAGACCUUCCAAAAGCAAAAA